AUGCGACACGUAACAUCUUACGUACGUGAGCAAGUAUACGACGCCGAUUACACGUUUUCGUUUCUUGAGAGAUCCAAUUUUGACGAUAAAAAGGAGGCUAAAUCUUCGAGUCCGUACUUCUCCUAUUUCUCCCCGCCGAACGUCAUAUUAAAGCAGUCCAAUGAACCGACCGCUUGGAAAACUCCACGGUCGAGAUGCGAUGACGGUCCUAACGCGAAGGUAAAGAGAGAAGACAGCUUAAAGAGGCACUGUAAGACCCAGAGGCCACGGCAUCACUCUAGAGACUUGUUUGAAUCGCAAUCCCAGGACGUGGACGAGGAUCUUAAGUCCUUUGAUUGGAAACCCAUUCCUGACGGAAAUAUUAUUAAAAGGGUAAGGGAAAAAUGCUUCGGACGCUCAGACUUU